GCCUUCGGCGAGUGUUUUGUCUAGCGCGUGGGGGAGAAAGAUAGAGCCUACACAAGUGUAUGUGUGAGAAAGAGAGACAGAUAAAGAGAGACACUGACUGCUGACGGAGAAUUUGUUGAACACGUUUAGAGAAACUACAGCUCGUAUGACUACAAACACACACAUCACGUUAGAGAUCUGCGCUGCUUUGCCGGAGCUGGCAACACGGACGCUUUUAUCCUGAUUAAGUAACGUCCGGACAAGAGCUACAGUACAGACAGUCCUCCAGCACCUCACAGCCGGCAUUUGUGCAAGAAGUCAAGGGCAAUCUAACGAUAAAGGGACUGCAGCCGGUUGACUGUUUAUUUAGAAUUGCUGUCGAGCCGAAAUGAAAAAUCUCCUUCCUGGAAAAGAGCUCGUGACGGAUCACACAGCACCGCAAUGCGAAUGUUGAGCGAAGAGACGCUUAAACCAGCACAACUGUAUUUAACAUGGGCGAAAAUAGAGGAAUUAGCCGGCACACAGACGAGACGUGUUCUCUGUUCCCGUUCUGAGAUAAAACACCGCAGUGAGACUGCACGAAACGGCUGUUUUUGAGAUAGUCUGCUAUUCUACAGCGCAUCUUCAUACGAGACAGCACGCGAUAAUCUGGCCGAUUAAUUAUGCACAACGGAGCAUGAAUAAAACACCGAGGAGUGACGCUCGUUUUCAGAGACCGGCCGGUGCGCGACGGUGUCCCACAUGACCUACUUUCGAAAGCUUUAAUGCAGAAGAGAUGCAGCCGCAGUGAGAAGCGAACGAGACCUUCAGCACUGAAAAACAAGCUCACUGCUUGCUCAAAUGUGUGCCCGAGGUCGUGUGAACCUCAGGUGACAUGAACGUCACGGCCGGAUCGUUGACUUGGAAGACUUGAACAGUGGUAGAGGAGCAUUCUCGGUGAUUGUUUUUUAAUCGUUCAUAGUUUCAAAACGAAAAGACUUGAGCUAACGGAAAAAAAGAGACCCUGGAGCCAUUGACCUUUGCACUUGCAACAGCAGGGUUAUUUAUUUCUGCUAAAUCCACAGUCAUUUCAGCACAUGCUGUUUGGAUUUGUAUUGAGCCAUAGUAUUUGCCUUUGCCUGCUGAAAUCUGCACAUGAACUCCAUAAAUGGUUCUAAAGGAUUACUAAAAUGACAGUUUUGCCUCUGUGAUGUCAUACAGUUUGACAGUCAAGCGUUCUGUAUGCAAUACUAGUUAUUUAAUGACUACCUUCACCUUCGUAGUGCUAGCUAUGUGUGUUAUCAGUUUAAAAAUCUAAUUCAACAAUGAUUCUAAGCUCAGGAGAUAUUUUUAUUGCUCAUCAGUGAAUUCGUCUUUUGGUCGGUCAAAUCAUGUGGUCACUUCCAUUACUACGUAACACUGAUGUUCCACCAAGAGUGACUGAGAACUUCAUUCUGUCUGGUUAUCGUUUCCCCAACUACAGUCUACGGCAGUGCCUAGCCUCUGCUUUUCGUCCCACCAAUGAGACCGGAAACUUCUGGACACAUUUCCUCCCAAUUUUUGUGUUUGCAUUUCACUUUUUGGAGGUUUUCGCGUGGGAAGGAGCGCCUGAACCUAGCAAUCCUUUUUUCUACCCUUUCUGGAACUACUUUCUGGGAGUGUUGUACCUGCUGCUAGCCAGCAGCCUGGCUCAUCUUCUCAACUCCAUGUCACUCAUCAUUCGUGAAAUCUGUUUCUUUGUGGACUAUGGCACUAUUAGUGCGUAUACAGUGGGUUCCUCACUGGCAUAUUACUACUACAUCCAUCCUCAAGCAGGAAUUCCAGAGAUUGAAUUCGGGGAACCGAACUCUACUCAAAGGAAGAGCCUAAACGCCGAUGAUGAGGCUUGGCCCUCUGCAUCUUCUCCCACUCACUUCCAGCUGUUCUUUGAAAGCCUCUACAUCCCAUCCUCCUGUCUGGUCGCUAUCAUAUGCAUCAUCACCUGCUGUAACACCAGACAGUGCUGGCGGAAGUACCGCUAUGCUGUCCGCACCCUUGUCUUCCUCCUUCCGUUUUUCAUCUCCUCCACUCCUAUCUUCUACCGCCUCUCCGUGAGCUCGCCGUCCUCCUCCUCCCCUCAUCUGUUCUCCACCAUGGCUGUCUUCUUCUACCGCCAUUGCUUUUGGCUGGUGGUGUCUGCCCUCUUCAAUAUCAGUAAGAUCCCAGAACGUUUUUCUCCAGGGAACUUUGAUAUCUGGGGUCACAGCCAUCAGUGGUUCCAUUGCUGCACCUUCCUGUCAAUCCUGGAUGAGAUGCAAAUGAUCAAAGUAGAGAUGCAGGCUGUGCUUCUCAACCCAACUUUGGUACUAUCACCUGCAAUGCCACCUAAGCUCCCUGGACCAACACUCUGGUCCACCUAUGGGGUCAUGUUGUUCCUGCAGGGGUGCAUAGCAUGCAUUAUAGCCCGUUAUGGUUGGCAGGCAUAUCGCAUCUACGCACCAGAGCAAAAAAAGCUAAAGGGACAUUAGGAGAGACACUGUGUACUGGUCAGGUUUAAAGUUCUUGUUUUAGAUUUUCAUUUUUGAACAAUGUUUUAAUGAUUUCUGCAGUAUGAACUUGUUUCAAUCAUUUUAAAAGGGAUCACUCACCCAAAAAGGAGAAUUGUGAUUAUUAACUCACCCUCAUGUUGUCUAAAAACUCAUGUGGCUUUCUUUCUU